UAAUACACUAUAGACAAAUACGAGGCAUGUGCAUGUUACUUAGAAAAACCGGACAAAACCCGAUAAUAAAGCUACUUUUUAUAAAGAAAAAGAAAAAACCACACGCGGCCCAUAAAAACCACACGCGGAAACGAGCGAAACAAAGAGGGAGAUCAGAGAAAGCCGCCGAGGUCCCCAGCUGCGCAAAGUUCAUCCAAUCUCCUUAUCCAGAGGGUGGUGAUCAGGCGGCAGCCAUGGCGGAUCAGUUCGCGGAUUCGGCGAACAAUGUAAUAAUUGAGGAGGUCAACAAGGGCAUGAACCCUGGAAUGAUAGUCCUGCUUGUGGUGGCGGGCUUCCUGCUGCUUUUCUUUGUGGGGAACUAUGCGCUCUACAUGUACGCGCAAAAGACGCUUCCUCCUAAGAAGAAGAAGCCGGUCUCGAAGAAGAAGCUGAAGAGGGAAAAACUGAAGCAAGGUGUUUCUGCACCAGGAGAGUAAACAAACAUCAUGCUACUGAUUUCAUCCUGAGCUCCUCUUUACAUGAUAAAAUUAUACCAGAUGGAGCUGCAGUGUUUGGAGUAACUAUGUUCUGUAGAAGCUUUGUCUUGAAUGGUACAUUUGUAUUGGACACCUUAUUUCAACAACUGAUGAACUUUAGCCUA